AUGGCUGGCAUGCCUCCUCCUCCUCUUCCUCAAUUGGGUGAAUCCUUUGCUUCACAAUACUAUGGACUUCUUUGCAGUGAUGAUGCUAACAAAAUGCAUGACUUCUACUCCGAACACAGCACCAUGAUUCUUGUAAUCGACGAAGUACCUGCUGAAUCAGCCACCGGAAUCGGCCAAAUUCGGGAACUUAUAUCGAGACUUUCCGUUACUAUAGAAACCACAGCAAUACAUACUCUUGAAUGUGAAGAAAACCCUAAUGGUGUGCUUUUAGUUGUAUCAGGAUUUGUGAAAAUCAAAGAUACCGUGGAAUGUCGCAAGUUUGUUCACAGCAUGUAUCUUGCUCCAUACCAAGAAGGUUAUUUUAUAAAGAGUGAUAUUCUUCAUAUCAUUACUCAUGAUCAUCAAGUACCACAUGAAUUAAAACCAGUAGCCCCAAUAACAUCCAAAGAUAUUGAUCCUCGAUUUUAUUCCGAGCAUCCACCACCUGUUACGGACAAUGGUAAUUUGGAUGAGUCGGCGGUGAAAAGGUUUGAACGGUUAAUGUCUUUGGAGGUGAAUGUCUCUGGCCGUGAUGAUCUUCAAAAUCAACCUAUUGUCACGGAACCUCCAACUGCACAGGAAAAGGCAUCUUCAUCAAAUUCAUCAGGUGUUGCUAAUGCUGAUGAAAACAUGGAUGCUCUUGAGAUAGAAGAACCUGUGGCUGUUCAAGAGGAGUUUUCACAGUCAGAUACGCCUACUACACCAACAUCGACAGGGAGAGGCGGGGGGACUAAUACAAGGGAACGUGAUUCUGGUGGCAGGGACAAGGAAAACAUGGAUGCUCUUGAUAUCAUUACUCAUCUUCAAGUAUCACAUGAAUUAAAACCAGUAGCCCCACCCGUUGCGGACAACGGUAAAUUGGAUGAAUCAGAAUUGAAAAGGUUUAAACCGUUAAUGUCUCUGGAGGUGAACGACAUUCAGUUUCCAAAGCUGCAACUACAACCACAAAAAAAACAAAGGGGCCGUUAUGAUCUUCAAAUUCAACCUGAUGUCAGGGAAACUCCACCUGCACAGGAUGAGGCAUCUUCGUCAAAUUCAUCAAGUGUUGCUAAUGUUGAUGAUCCAACCCCAGAAAACAUGGAUGCUGUUCAGGAGGAGCCUCCUCAGAUACCUGACGGUUCUGAUCUUCAAAAGCAACCUAUUGUCUCGGAAACUUUAACUGCACAGGAAGAGGCAUCUUCAUCAAGUGUUGCUAAUGCUGAUGUUACAACCCCAGAAAACAUGGCUGUUCAGGAGGAGCCUCCUCAGAUACCCGACGGUCCUAAUGCAGAGGCGGGGGCAAUAAUACAAGGGGGGCGUGGUAGAUCAAGGAGACGAAAGACCUUAGAGACGAUUGGGCAGCUUCUGAUUUUACGGCAAUGA